GCUUUACCAAAUCAAUGUUGGGGAUUGUUUACUUGAGUUUGAUAGCGACAUCAUCAAUUUUGCAUAAAUACUAAAAUACUAUAUUUAUAAAGGGUACAAUAAUGAUGUUGAAAAGUUGGUUUUGUACAGAUAGACUGUUACUGUUCUGUGAUCCACGCUUUACUGUUUAUGGGUUGCAAAUGGAAUUUAGGGGUUGUUUUCAUGGCUGUUUAUAUUAAAUUGAGAUUAUUAUUUUUGUUGAAUACUGAGACCAACUCUUUUUUUUUUCUGAGUCUCUGAGUAACUUUUGCUUGGUUCUCAUCUUUUCCUAGAGAGACUUGUUCUUUUUCCCAGAGAGACUUUGAUCUUUUCUGUAGUUUCUACUGGAUCAUUUUUUAUAGAAAUGUUUUUUUAUAGUUUCUUUAUUGGUUUUACAGACUCAUUUACAAAGAAAAAAUAGUGGUCAAAUUGGACAGAAAUGCAAAGUCUACAAUACUAGUUCAGUUGCUUAAUGAUUUAAAUUUUGAAUGAUUUGGAAAGAAAGGCUGCAAAUCCUAGCAAAUGGACUUUGUUGUAUAUAUUUCAUUUGGCAUAUAAAGGUGCUUUAUUGUGUAGUUCUAGACCACUCAACAUUGUCACAAAUGGUGAGAGGUCUGAUUCGGAAUUGUAAUUUGUGAUAUAACGGUGAACUUUCAGAUUUGGCUGUUGGCAUCUUGCUAUAGUUUGAAUUGACCUGCUCCAGAAUGGACUCCGAUGUCACCUUUUUAUUUAGAUAACAAUUGAUUGGAUUAGUUUUAGUUGUUUAGUGGCUGUCUGAUGUGUUAAAUUCUUUUCUCUUCAAGAGUAUCUUAGCAUAUGCCAUUCAGUGGAAACUUUUGAUACCACAGUUUAUUCGUGCAAUUUCUACGUUCUUCUCUUUGUCAAAUUCUAAAGUAUGAUUGAGCUCGAACACCAUAGGCUUCGGACAUGUGUGUUGUAACUUUCUUGAUUUUUUUUUUCCUUUGAGGUACCACAAGAUACUGAAAAAAAGAGAAAAUCAACAAUUCAGGAUAGGAAUACAUGAGUAGGGGCUCUGAGUACUUGCUAUUUGGUAUGGAAGUGAACGAUCAGAGGAGAGGUAAGCGGAAGGACCUUGUCAGCCAUCAAAAUGGUGGCGUGAGCAUAUCGGUCAUUGAAGAUGAGCUUGAUCCAUGGACUGCGUGGGCUUACAAGCCUCGUACUAUUACCCUUUUACUUAUUGGUGCAUGCUUUCUUGUAUGGGUAAGUGGAGCGCUUGACCCCGAAAGUAGCUCAGAAGGAGAUUCUGUAAUGUCUGUGAAAAGGGGUGUCUGGGCAAUGAUCGCUGUGUAUCUUGCUUAUAGCUUGCUACAAGCUCCUUCCACAGUGCUAAUCCGACCACAUCCUGCAAUUUGGCGUCUUGUUCAUGGAAUGGCUGUUAUUUACCUUGUUGCUUUAACAUUUUUACUGUUCCAGAGGCGUGAUGAUGCUAGGCAAUUCAUGAAAUUCCUGCACCCUGAUCUUGGUGUUGAACUUCCGGAAAGAUCAUAUGGUGUCGAUUGCAGAAUUUAUGUCCCUGAAAAUCCAGCAAGCAGGUUUAAGAAUGUUUAUGACACACUUUUCGACGUAUUCGUUGUGGCUCAUAUUCUUGGGUGGUGGGGAAAAGCUAUAAUGAUUCGCAAUCAACCUCUUUUGUGGGUACUUUCAAUUGGGUUUGAGUCACUGGAGCUAACCUUUCGCCACAUGUUGCCAAAUUUCAAUGAAUGCUGGUGGGACAGCAUUAUUCUCGAUAUAUUAAUCUGCAAUUGGUUUGGUAUUUGGGCCGGCAUGCGUACUGUUCGUUACUUUGAUGGAAAAACUUACGAGUGGGUUGGUAUAAGCAGGCAGCCAAACAUCAUUAGCAAAGUGAAAAGAACACUGGGCCAAUUUACUCCUGCCAUGUGGGAUAAAGAUGAAUGGCAUCCUUUUCUUGGUCCAAUCCGAUUCUUACAAGUUCUCAGUCUUUGCAUUGUUUUCUCGACUGUGGAACUCAAUACCUUCUUUCUGAAGUUCUGUCUUUGGAUUCCUCCUCAAAACCCCCUUAUUGUAUAUAGGCUGGUUUUCUGGUGGCUCAUCGCAAUACCAACAAUUCGUGAAUAUAAUUCCUACUUACAAGACAGAAAACCUGCGAAAAAGGUUGGAGCAUUUUGCUGGCUUUCCCUCGCUAUCUGCAUUAUAGAGCUUCUCAUUUGUAUCAAGUUUGGACAUGGCCUAUUUCCUCAUGCCAUGCCUACAUGGUUGGUUAUAUUUUGGAGUCUAUUCGGACUUGGACUCGUGAUAUUCUUGGCUGUGUGGUCAUGGCAUCUGCAUCAAUCUAUGAAGAGAAAGAGGCAAUAGGUUAGCUCAUUUUCACUUUCUCAUUGUUUAUUGAAGGAAAUCUUUAUUUUUUCCUUUCAUUAAUCACCCUUGUUGUAAAUAUACUUCUAUAGCUUCAAUCGUAUUCUCUUCUAGGUUAUAUCUCAAGAUUAUCUAUGUAGAUUGUAGACAACCUUAAUUCUUUUUUACUUCAGGCUUGGCCAAAUGUGAAAUUUUGUUCACUUAAAUGUUCCAAUAAAAAAAUUCUCUUGUAAGAA